UCUUCACAUUCUCCUCACAUAUCAAACACUAGCCAUUUUCUACAACUGAUAUGGGUAACAUGUGGGGGAUCUUUAAGCCAAGUCAUGGAGCAUCUAAGCCCCAGAUAUUGCCUAUUCACGAUCACAUCUUAAAACCUUCAUCGUUUUCAGUUGAUUGCACUGGUUGCUCUGAAACUAAGAAUGAUGCAGACGGGUACUUUUGCUUUGAGUGCAACUUCUAUGUCCACAAGGAAUGUGCGGAGUCGCCCUUAGAGAUCAACCACCGUUCUCAUUCACACCCUCUCAAGCUCCGCUGGUGCGGGCCACCUGGUUAUAGUGAUAAACGUUGUUGUUUGUGUGGAGAAACCCUUGGGCUUUUGGUUUACCAUUGUUCCACUUGUAACUUUAGUUUAGACACAGCUUGCGCGAGGAAGCACGAGAUUCCAAGCAUUGACUACCCCAAAGCCCAUGAGCAUAGGCUUCACCUCUUGGCCAAGCGCGUUUCCUUUCCGUGUGCUUGUGGUGAAGACGUCCCUGGAGCUCCUUACGUGUGUCACCAAUGCAACUUCAUGAUCCAUAGAGACUGUCUUUUGCUACCGCGUGUGAUAUACCUCACACGCCACAAGCACCGGAUUUCUCGAAGGUACUUCAUUGGCCCUGGUAAGUUUUCUUGUAAAGUUUGUCGUCUUGAGUUGGAUUGCAUGUAUGGAGGAUACCGAUGCUCCACUUGCCCUGAUUAUGUCGUCCAUCUGAGAUGUGCAACAAGAGAUGAUGUGUGGGAUGGAAUAGAUCAUUAUGGCAAACCAGAAGAAGAAGAGGAGAUCGAAAAGCCAUCGGAAGUGGUAGAUGACAAUUUAAUUAAGCAUUUCAGUCAUGAACAUUAUCUCAAAUUCAAAGAAGGUGGUCUUGUUUGUCAUGAAGCUACCCACUGCAGUGCUUGCGCUCUACCGGUCUAUUUUUAUCCAUACUACAAAUGUUCGGUUUGUGAUUUCGUUCUUCACAAGACCUGCGCUGGUCUUGCCCGGAAGUUAAGACAUGAGCUUCACAAACACACACUUACUCUACGACCAAACACUAAUCCAGAUGAAGAGCAUGGGUACAACUUAUUCAACUGCACUGCAUGUCAGCAGCUCUGCAGUGGCUUCAAGUACGUAUGUAGCAAAUCUUGCGAUGUCCAGAUAGAUGUACGAUGUACUUCAGUUAAGGAGCCAUUCAAUCAUGGAAGCCAUCCGCAUCAUAAGUUAUACCUUACCUCCUCAGAAGCCAAGUUUUGUGAUGCUUGUGGAGUUAAAACAUCCACUGUAUUGAACUGCGUUGAUUGUGGCUUCGCUUUGGGAUAUGACUGCGCCACUUUGCCUAAUAAGGUGAAGCACAAAUGCGACAGACAUUUUCUCUCUGUCUGCUACGGAGAAGAGGCGAGUGGGAAGUACUGGUGCGAGGCAUGCGAAGGAGAAGUCCACCCGAGUAGAAGAUUCUAUACAUGUGAAGAUUGCAGCUCCACUCUUCAUAUCAAAUGCGUGAUUGGGGAAUUCACAUUCUGGAGGCCAGGAACUAUGGCCAUAUCACGUUACGAAGCCGAAGUUAUUCCCAAUGAUUUUCCAUCUCGGCCGUAUUGUUGUAUGUGCCAGCUCCGUUGCGAAGACACAACAGGUAUCAUAUAUAUAUCAGGGAAGUAUAUAUGUUCCUCUACGUGUUUAAAAAAAUUUGUUGGCCGCAACAUUACACAUUCCAAGUCGCCGAGUCUGGAGCAGAUGUUGUCCGAGAUAAGUUAUAUUUUUGGAUUUGUAACAUAGCUAGAAGAUUCUGUAUUGUGUUUUCUUUAAAUGAACUUUGUCUAAGAAGAAAUGAUUGAUAUUUCAAAGUAAUUUUGUUAGCUAAAUUUUUAUUUUGUAAAAAAAAGAAUGAAAAAUACUGAGAGCAGGUUU